AUGGCACCCUGUGUGGCCACGCUAUUGGGCUUCAGCUUGCUGGUUCUCUGGACCUCCCCAGCCCCAGCUCUGGGGGGUGCUAAUGACGCAGAAGACUGCUGCCUGUCUGUGACCCGGCGUCCCAUCCCUGGAAACAUCGUGAAAGCCUUUCGCUAUCUUCUUAUGAAGGAUGGCUGCAGGGUGCCUGCUGUAGUGUUCACCACACUGAGGGGCCAUCAACUCUGUGCACCCCCAAACCAGCCCUGGGUGGAACGCAUCAUCUGGAGACUGAAGAGGUCCUCUGCCAAGAGCAAGCGCCACAGCAGUUAGCCCCAGACAGCACCAGAGGGAGCCCUGCCUCUGAGUGAAGGGCUGUGACUCAGCCUGGCUUGGAGAAACAAGGACCAGAAGAGAGGACCAGGC